GGCUGGACUUGUCCACUUGGCGAGAAUUUGCAGUAAACAUCAACAAUACUUCAGCAGCCAUAGAACUUUCAGUACUUUGGGACGUUAUCAAUUCUGCAAAUUCAAUGCUCCCGGUCAGCAUCAUCGUGUGGCAGCAAAUUUGACAUUUUAAAUUUCACCUUAACUUACUGUCUAAAAAGUAUUCUCAAAAAACAACCGAAAAGCUGUUCCUAUUACAACAGUGGUGGUGUAUAUUUUGUAUAUCUUUUUUGUCUGCUAAUCAAAAUGGGACGCACUUAUCGUUAUCGUAAACAACGACAAAAAUUAGCCAAUGAACACGAGCAAAUUAAAGAUGAAAGAUUUUUACCUGAUUUAUACAAAUAUUUAAGUUCGUUAGGCUGGAGAAACAAAAGUCAAUUAACAGCCAGAAACUUUGCGGCAACGGGUCGUGGUUUAUGUUCAAAAUCCCUUACAUUAGAAAUAGGCUCUGAACUCAUCAAUUUACCCAGUGAUGCACUUUUAAGCAUUAAAACCCUUGAAAAUGAUGAAGAUUUUAAAGAAUUAUUUGAUGAAAGCAAAUUCGAUAAAGACCAUAAAAUAUCAUUUCAAGCAUUGAUGGCAUUUUAUAUUUUAUUUCAAAAAGUUCUGGGAGAUAAUUCAAAAUUUCUUGCAUAUCUAAAAUCCUUGCCUAGUUUUUUUACAACUCCUUAUUUUUGUCCAAUUGCGGAAUUGCAAUGUUUGCCCGAAAAUAUUUUGGAAAAAACUGUGGAGCAAAAUCGCCUUAUUAAAUUGGCUUACAAUAAUUUAAAAACUGUUAUAAAAAUCACGGAUUUUGAGGUUCAAUAUCCACUACAACAAUUUCGCUGGUCGUAUUUUGUUGUGAAUACAAGAAGCGUUUAUGUCUUUGGCAAACAAUUGAAAUCUGAAAAGUCAUUCUUUCAAACUCUUAUAACAGAAGAUUGCAAUUUGGCUUUGGCCCCGUUUUUAGAUCUUUUCAAUCAUUCAGAUCAAGUCACUACUCAGGCUGACUUGAUACGUAAUAGCCAAACAAAAGAACUGGAAUUUAUAUUAACCUUGGAGAGUUGUGAAAAUUCAAAAAUUCCUCCUUUACAACAAAUUUUCAUAAGUUAUGGGGCCUUGACAAAUUUGAAACUUUUGUCUGAGUAUGGAUUCUUUUUGCCCUCCAAUCGUCAUGAUUAUUUUGAAUUUUCCCUCAAUGAUAUAGAGAACUUUUUGCACACGGAGAAGACACUUAAAGGCCGAGUGUUUCAUAAAAACAAAUUUAAAUUCAUUCGAGAACAUAAUCUAUGUGAUCAAAUGUUUGUGCAUUGUGUAGAGGGUAUAUCGCAUAAUUUGCACGUGGUAUUACAUUUAUUGUUCAAAGAAGAAAGUUAUUUUCCCAAUAUACUGAAUCAAGUGGCCUUUGGUUCCGUUGAGAAUUUGCAAAAUGUUAACGAAGAUGUGAAACUUUUGUUGAAAUUUAAACUUAACGAAUAUGAAAUAUUUAUUAAAUCUUUGGAAUCAAUCAAAACCUUAUCGAAAUCAGGAACUGUUGCUAAAUCCUAUUUGCAAGAAUGUCAUAAAUAUCUAAACGAUUGUAUAGUUACAAUUGCAUGUUAGCUUUUAAGUUGUUUUAUUAUGGAAAAUAAAAAAGAUCAUUUUAUAUGUUUUUAUAGAACAAAAAAA